AUGUCGGUCCUCCUGGAGACCAGCUCUGGGGACAUUGUCAUUGACCUGCUGGUUGACUAUGCCCCAAAGCUCUGCGAAAACUUUCUGAAGCUCUGUAAAGCCAAGUACUACAAUUUCUCUCCGAUACACUCGAUUCAGAAAUCCUUCUCCUUCCAGACCGGUGACCCAUUGGGUCCCACGUCGAAAGAAUCCGAUGGCGGCACGUCCAUCUGGGGGCUCCUGUCGGGCGACAGCAAACAGAAGACGUUCCCGGCGUUAUUCCAUCCGAAACUGAAGCAUCUCGAACGCGGCACCGUCAGCAUGGCGACGGCGCCGUCCGAUUCCGAUCCCGACACGAGGUUCGCGGCCUCGCAAUUCAUCGUCACGCUGGGCGAGGAGACGGACUUUCUCGACGGCAAGGCGGCCAUCUUUGGCAAGGUCGUCGAGGGGUUCGACGUCCUGGAGAAGAUCAACGAGGCCAUCGUCGACGACAAGGGCCACCCGCUCAUCGACAUCCGCAUCAAGCACACGGUCGUCCUCGACGAUCCGUACCCGGACCCGCCGGGCCUGCGAGAGCCCAGCCGCUCGCCGCCGCCCACCAAGGCGCAGCUCGCGACGGUGCGCAUCGCCGACGAGGCGGCGCUCCACGAGGACGACGCCCUCGGCGAGGACGCCAUUGAGAAGCGCCGCCGCGACAGGGAGGCGCGCGCCCAGGCCCUGACGCUCGAGAUGAUGGGUGACCUGCCGUUCGCCGAGGUCGCGCCGCCCGAGAACAUCCUCUUCGUCUGCAAGCUCAACCCCGUCACGACGGACGGCGACCUCGAGCUCAUCUUUGGGCGGUUCGGCACCAUUCUCAGCUGCGAGGUCAUUCGCGACAAGAAGACGGGCGACAGCCUGCAGUACGCCUUCAUCGAGUACGACGACAAGUCGUCGUGCGAGGCUGCCUACUUCAAGAUGCAGGACGUCCUGAUUGACGAUCGGCGGAUUCACGUGGACUUCUCGCAGAGCGUGAGCAAGCUCAGCGACGUGUGGAGGAACGACACCAACAAGAAGCGCAAGAAGAACGCGUCUCGCGGUGGCUGGGGAGGCAUCGACGAGCUUGAGAAGAGGAGGCAGUACCGUGAUCAAGACGAUGCCCGGCACGGCGACAACUACAACCUCGUGUACGGUGCGGAGGAGAUGAAGGGUCGUCACGAGCGAGGGCAAGGGGGGCAGGGAGAAGCUCCGUCGGCCGAAAGUGGGCGUGAGGACCGGCGCGACGAUCGCCGACAGGACCGACAACGACAACAUGGUGAAGGAUCCCGACCUUUAAACCGAAGCCGCAGCCCGCGGAGACGUGACGAUCAAAGACGUGACGAUCAAAGACGCGACGAUCAAAGACGCGACGAUCGGAGACGCGACGAUCGAAGGUACGACGAUCGAGAUCGUAACAGAUCUGACUAUCGCGAUGCCCGGCGGAAGGAUGACUGGUACGAUAGACGACGCGAUGGCCGGGACAGUGACAGAGAUCGAGAACGAUACCAGGACCACGGAAGGCCUAGGCGGAGAUAG